UUUGUUCCAAACGUUUGUUAGUUAAUGUUAAAAUUGCUUCAUUUACUUCCCCCUUGAAAUCCAUUUUUAGUUGCCUUGAGCGCUCGUCUUCCACCCGUCUCGUCGGCGCCAACGAUAUCGCUGCUCUCAAACUGGCACGACCCCUUUCUACGAUGAUCAACGACCACGCACUUCCCUCAGGUCUUGUUCUGUCUCACACCGAAGCAAUUCGCUCCUUUCUCACCUCGGCGUCAAUAGAUUCACAGCUUUCUGACGAACUCCGGCAGAUUGCUUCAGAUCUCGUUUCACAACGCAACAUUCCGUAUAAGCUGCUGAGAGCUAUCUGGUUUGCUACGGAAUCGUCCACACGGCCGGACUUGCUCCGUCUUUUGGCUGGAUCAGAGUUCGUCUUUACAAGCCCUAAACCCAGGGAGAAGAGUGAGGAGUUAAAGGCUAGACUGAAGAAGCUUGCAGAUGUAGCAGAGAGGAAGGCCUAUCAGGAACUAGUGAAAGAUAUUGCACCUAAGAAACCAAUUGAUGAGCCUUUCUCUUCCUACAAGGAUCAGCUCGGAUUCGGUUUACAUGUCGUGUUGAUAAUGUUUACCGGCUAUCUUGUUGGGUAUGCUUUAUUCCGAGCAUUGUUUAGGCAUGAUCCAAUCAUGAGUGCCGCUGGAGGUAUCCUUGGAUUAGUUUUCGGCAUGCUCGUAGAAACACUUCUUUUCAUCAUUCGAUCAUCCAAUUACGAUAAUCGGUCUUCAUCAUCUUCCCGUUCUAAGCUGAAGAAGAGUCAGUAGAGUUCCUUCUAGAGGUUUGCCUUUCUUUAUACUUAAACCAUGGCAUCCGUGCCUACAGUUUCUAAUAUAACCCAUUAAGUUAACUUUCGUCCUAUGCUGUAGAUCCAAGCAUAAACAAGUAAUAACAAGGCCUUGUUAAUGCACUUGCUUCAAUUUAUUUGUACAAAGACACGUUCUUCACAUCAAGAGAAUUGAGAAGCAAUAUGUAAUGCUUCAGCCUAUGACCACAGAAAAUGUUCUUCACAUCAAGAGAUAUGUAAUGAUUGUAUUGUACUCUCUUCAGCCUAUGACUACAGAAAAAGGAAAGCUCAAUCAUGCCCUUCAAAUAAUUGUCUUUUGGAAGAGAAACCUUAAUGUAAAUUUUUUUUACUUCAAAUAACAAUCCGUUUGAAAAUUGAAGGUAGCCUUUUGGUGUCCAUUGAUCUGAUGUUACACGGUCGACAGCAUCCGACAAGUUUGCCCUUUUUUUUGAAGGGUGUCUAACUGUAUCGAUACUUUUUUUUCGGUUUGAUGUAUAAUGUUUUAACAACAAGUUAGCAAUUAUUACAUCAAAUAAAAUUUCAAUGACAGUGACAUUGAUCUCA